GAUCAGAGUUUUUAUUACCAACUUAUUACUUUUUCGCAACCCCUGAAAAACAACACAAAUGGUAUAUGGAGUUGAAUAACCUCAUCCAACGUGAGAACGAAAAGGUCGAUACCUACGCAACCAAGUUUAAAAAACUCCUAAGCCGCGUGGACCCCGAAGAAUCAUUACCUGCUCAAUAUACUAACCUUAAUGAAGCAAUUGUAGCAGCUAGAAAGGUGGAGGCAGGCGAAUAUCAUAAUAAUAUUACACCUCAAGAAAAUCUUAUAAGAUUUUUAAACUCCCACAUGGAAUUCCUUCGGAGAGAAAGAAGACAUGUUGAAAGUUUCUUUAGAUACAAUGAUAUUAGAGGAAGAGACCUCGAAGAAAGUUUAGAAAUAUUACAAGAUAUGAUUAAUGAACAGCUUAACCAGGAUUUAAACUAUGAACGCUCGAUAAACGGACAUACAAUCGAAAACCUCAUGAAUCAACUUAACACGAUGCGAGAAAGAGAAGAUAUUUUUAUCCCUAUUUUAAAUGGACAAGGUCAAGUUUUAG